AUGCCCUGUACACUCUGACUGUGUUACUGAACUCUACAUCUCUCCAGGCUUUCAAUCACUCAUCUGUUCAUUCACUUCAGCGACCAUGAGUUUGAGAACAAGCUACAGCGUGCGCUCCUCCCAGGUGCCGGUGUCCCAGAUGUCCCAGAUGUCCCAGAUGUCAAUCAAGCGUACCUCCAAUGUGCCGACUUACCGGGCUGCGAGCAUCUACGGCGGCGCCGGAGGUCAAGGAACCCGAAUCUCCUCUGCCUCCUACUCAGGUGUCCGCAGUGGUGUGGGAUUUCCCUCAAUGUCCAGCUCCAUCCAAAUGAGUGCCACUGGAGCCACAGGUGAGAUCAUGGGCAAUGAGAAGAUGGCCAUGCAGAACUUGAAUGACCGUCUGGCAUCCUACCUGGACAAAGUGAGGACCCUGGAGCAGGCCAACAGCAAGCUGGAGCUGAAGAUCCGUGAGGCCCUGGAGAAGAAAGGUCCUGAUGUCCACGACUGCAGCCGCUUCCAUCCCAUCGUUGACGAUCUGCGCAAGAAGAUCUUUGAUGCCACCGCAAACAAUGCCCGUCUAGUGCUCCAGAUUGAUAAUGCCCGCCUGGCAGCUGAUGACUUCAGAGUCAAGUAUGAAUCUGAGUUGUCCAUCCGCCAAGGUGUGGAGGCUGACAUUGCUGGCCUGAGAAAGGUCAUUGAUGACACCAACCUAAACCGCAUGAACCUUGAAAGCGAGAUUGAGGCCCUUAAGGAAGAGCUCAUCUUCCUUAAGAAGAACCAUGACAAUGAGGUAAUGGAGCUUCGUAACCAGAUCUCCCAGUCAGGAGUGCAGGUGGAUGUUGAUGCCCCUAAAGGACAUGAUCUGGCCCUGAUCAUGGAGGAGAUAAGAUCCAAGUACGAGAAGAUGGCUCUGAAGAACCAGGAGGAGCUGAAGUCCUGGCACGAAUCUCAGAUCACAGAGAUUCAGGUUCAAGUCACACAGAACACAGAGGCGCUCCAGGGUGCACGUACAGAAGUCAACGAACUUCGCAGACAAAUUCAGACAUUGGAGAUCGAGCUGGAGUCACAGAAGAACAUGAAAGGAUCACUGGAGGCCACUCUGAGAGACACAGAAAUGCGCUACAACAUGGAGAUUGAGAGUCUCAAUGCUGUCACUAUGCAACUGGAGGCUGAACUCACACAACUGCGCAACAAUAUCCAGCAACAGACGCAUGAGUAUGAGUCUCUGCUGAACAUCAAGAUGAAGCUGGAGGCAGAAAUUGCCACCUACAGGAGGCUUCUGGACGGCGGGGACUUCAAGCUCCAGGAUGCUCUUGAAGAGCAAAAGAGGGUGAAAGUAAUGACGGUCACACAGACGAUGGUGGAUGGGAAGGUGGUGUCUUCAAGCACAGAAACCAAGGAGAGGAAACUUUGAACAUCAAAUUUCAGAUCAACCUCCACAACACAUCAGAAAAACCUCAUGGGUCAAUUAUAAAAUGAUCUAAAGACAGGUUGGACUUAACACAUUAGAUAUUUAUCUAGUCCAGAGUACCUAAAUGUAAGUAUCUCAGAGCACAUUUGCAAUGAGAUUUAACCAGCACAUUUCAACACUAACUUAAAACAAAAAAUCUUUAUGUUUUAUGUAUUUUUAAACAUUUUAAUAACUACAACCAAAAAAAAACUGAAGGUCCAAAAACACUAUAGAACUUUUUACAUAUUUUUGUAAUGACAAUGAUUGGUUACGAUCAUUAAUUGUCCCAUUUUGGUUUUAUGUUGUGUUGUUGUCAUGAUGUCUUUUCCUUUCAAAUAAAAGACACUUUCAUCAAA